UACCUCAAUAAUUAUUUUCUGUUAAUUAUCUAAGUAUAGAACAUAGAAUGGUUUGGUUGUUGCUGGAAUUUAAUGCUCACUUAACCAUUCUUUUUAAUCUACAUUUCUUAAAUAAAAUAUUAAUCGUCGGUUUUUUUAAUUUUUAAAGUAUUCCCAUUUAUAAGCGUUAAUUAAUGAAAAAAUUUAUAAUUAUGUUACAGCUUUCGGAACUUGAACAACGAGUUCUUGACGCAGAAGGAAGAGCGGAUGAAGCUGAAGACAAAAGGCAAUUACGACUUCAAGACGCAAAACAAGUUGAAGCAAAAGCUGCCCGAAUAAAGGAGUGGGUUACUAAUAAAUUACGAGAGUUAGAACAACAAAAUCAACAUUUGCGUGAGCAAAACAACAAGUGUAAUCAGCAACUUGAACUUUUACGAAACCAUAUAACCAACAUUGGCCUAAGACCUCUGGUGCCUGCUACAAGAGCUUCUUUAUCUUUAGAAGUUGAUCAAUCUUUACGUAGACGUUCUGAAAGUUUAGAAACAACACCCCAAGUAAUUUCUGAAAACGUUAAUCAAACAACUACCGGGGACUUCCCACAAAUUGGAAUUCGCCAUAGGCGACACCUGUCCGCUUGUGGAACUAUUCAUCAAGGAAUUACAUCUUCAAAUAUGGAUUCAAGCCUAUUAUCUGAGGAGCUUGCGGCAGCUGUGGAAAAUUUAGUGAUGCUGCCGACUAUUCCAGGCGUUUCAGAGACUAAUCGUGACAGUGGUAAUUCAGAAGCUAUACAUGAUUACGCCGAGAUUUAUACUCCUAGUCGUGAAGAUAUUAAUUGGGCUAACCAAUCUGGUAAAACGUCUGCUCCUCGACCACCGACUCCUCCUUUGCACAGAUUUCCUAGUUGGGAGGCUAAAAUAUAUCAGGUUGCCGAUGGCGGACUUGGUAUUGGACCUUCGACAAAUGAAGAUACAUCGGGUGUUCCUUCUUCUACAUCCAACACCACUUCGUCAAAACAUUCUCAUACUGCGGGUCAUAACUUAACCACCCAUAAUUCUCAAGGGUACUGUGAUAUAUCUGUACCAGUUUACGCUACAGUUAAAGGUCGUGCAAGUCAAAUAAGAUCCAUGCCAUUUGGCGAUAGCUCUGAUGACAGUUCUGAUGGUGAAGAACAUGCAAAUCCCACCGAGACCAAUACAAGAAUAACCAAUAGUUCAUCAGAUAACACUGACUCGUCACUUGGUAGUGGCAGCAGUCCGUCGAAAAGUAUUAAAACUACCAGUAGUCUCAGUCCAGCUAAACGAAGCUCAAGCGGUUCACCGAGUAAAAGCGUUAAAAGAGACAUAUCGUUAGAAUCUGGUUUAUCUGAGGAUUAUGCUAUUCCUCCUGAUGCUUUAAGUUCUACCUCAAUUGAAUCUAGUAUGCCAAGUUUAUUAAUGCGUGUAGCUGGUGAAAGUCCAAAAAAAUUAGAAUCUUUGGAAAAAGCUGGUCAUCUUGCUAAGCUUGGUGGCAAAUUAAAAACGUGGAGGAAAAGAUGGUUUGUCUUAAAAAAUGGUACUCUAAUGUAUUGGAAGAGUCAAAAUGAUGUUAAUAGGAAACCUCAAGGCCAAGUAAUAUUGGAUGAUGUGUGCAGAAUAAAUAGAGCUGACGGUGCUGCAACUUUUGAAAUAUCAACAGGCAAGAAAACAUAUUAUUUAACUGCGGAUUGCAUUGCAACCAUGGAAGACUGGAUAAGAGUUUUACAAAAUGUUCAAAGGCGAAACGCAACAAAAUUAUUACUCAGUAGAGAAGACAAUAAGCCUACAAUUCAGGGAUGGCUGACUAAAGUCAAAAAUGGUCAUGCUAAAAAAUGUUGGUGUGUGCUGAUUGGAAAAAUGUUCCUUUAUUUCAAAUGUCCUAGUGAUACGAAUCCUAUUGGCCAAAUAAACAUGCGAGAUGCUCGUGUUGAAGAAGUAGAGCACGUUUCAGACAGUGAUAGUGAAGAAAGAGACGCCGAGUGUCCGCAUGAAAGAACAAUUGGAAUUUUUCCGACUCAUCAAGGACCCACAUAUUUAUUAAUGCCUCACAAACAAGAUAAAGAUAAUUGGCUUUAUCAUUUAACUGUGGUUUCUGGUGGUGGACCAAAUGCUGGUACUCAGUAUGAACAAUUGGUUCAAAGAUUAAUGGAAACUGAUGGUGAUUCCAGUUGUGUUCUUUGGCGACAUCCACUGUUACUACAUACUAAAGAAAAUAUCACAAGUCCAUUAACAAGUCUUACUUCGGAAGCCUUACAAUCUGAAGCAAUUAAAUUAUUUAAAGCUUGUCAGCUAUUUAUGUCAGUGGCAGUAGAGCAAGCUGGAAUAGACUAUCAUGUGGUACUCGCGCAAAAUGCUCUACAACAGUGUUUAGAUCAACCUGAACUUCAGACUGAAUUUAUAUGUGCUUUAGUAAAACAGACGAGCCGUCAUACACACCAGCGCUUGGGCGUACAGGUAAAAAAGGCCGCCAGACUUGUGUCGCUGAGUACUGCGCGUGUUCAACUCCUUCUGUGCGCCACGCAAUCGCUCUUCACUUGCGAUACGCAAAGCCCCGCGGCAAACGGCGGCGGUGAAAAUGCGGAUGCGCAGUCGACGGCUUCAACUUCUCACAGUCCUCCGCUCACGCAGGGUCAUUCAACAUCAAACAUUUUGGACUGCAAAACAAAUCCUGCUCAGUACGUGCUGGUUCAAGGAUGGCAAUUACUCGCGCUUGCUGUUUCACUCUUCUUACCAAGGAACAAUCGUCUACUCUGGUAUUUAAAGCUUCACCUGCAAAGAAAUGCGGAUUCUAAAACGGAGUGCGGAAAAUAUGCAGCAUACUGCGAACGUGCACUGGAAAGAACUCUUCAGAAUGGAGGAAGAGAAGUUAAACCUUCUCGGAUGGAAGUUUUAUCGAUCUUAUUGAAAAAUCCGUAUCAUCAUUCUUUACCUCAUGCUAUUCCAGUUCACUUUCUCAAUGGAACUUAUCAAGUUGUGAGUUUCGACGGAAGUACGACGAUUGAAGAAUUUUUGCACACACUCAAUCAAGAAAUUGGUUGUCGGGAUGCACAUCAGUCUGGCUUUACAUUAUUCAGUGAUGAUCCUAUUGAAAAAGAUCUGGAACAUUUCAUUGAUCUUCAAGCUAAGCUUUGCGAUAUCAUUUCUAAAUGGGAAACAGCACUACGAGAAAAGGGUUCUGGUAAAUUUGAAAAUACUCGAGUUAUACAACUCACGUAUAAGUCAAGGUGUUAUUGGCGAUCAGCUGCAAAAAUGGAAACUGAUCGAGAACGUUUAUUGCUAUGUUAUCAAGUUAAUCAACAAGUAGUACAAGGAAAGUUUCCAUUAAAUCGGGAUUUGGCUUUUGAGCUUGCUUCACUUAUGGCACAAAUUGAUUUUGGAGAAUAUAAUAAUGAUAAAAUACGAGGAAGUGGACCUGCUAAUAAUCCAAGUCAUUUGAUACUACAAGCGUUGGAUAAAUUUUUCCCAAUACGAUAUCGAUCAAAUAUUUCAACAGAUCAACUAAGAGAAUUACAAGAAAAAUUACAAGAAAAAUGGGUAGGAUUACGAGGCCGCAGUGUUAUUGACUGUGUGAGAAUUUACCUUACUUGCACUCGAAAAUGGCCAUUCUUUGGUGCAACUUUAUACCAAGCAAAACUCAAGCAAGCAGAACCUAUUACUUUAUGGAUUGCAGUUUCAGAGGAUAGCGUUACAUUACUAGAAUUACAAUCAAUGGCGGUUAUGUAUCGUUAUAAUUACGCUAACAUAAUAACAUUUGGUGGAUGCUUGGACGAUUUUAUGCUCGUUGCAUGCCCUGAUGAAGGUGUAGCAGAACAAAAAUUAAUAUUUGUUCUCAGUAAACCGAAGAUUUUGGAAAUAACUCUAUUAAUUGCUGAUUAUAUGAAUGCUCUGGGGCAUACAUUACCUGGUACUCCUCAAAUGAAUACGUUAACAAGAAAUGGAUCACACAGAUCAAUUAAAUCUACGAUGAGACAUACUACUGGUUCAAGCUGUCUUCCGACUCAACCUGAUAUUCUAAAAUCAACACCAGAUCAUCAAAGACCUUGA